AUGUUUUUAUUUAAUACAUAUAACAUAUUGCAAAAAUACAAUCGAACAUCCAAGUUUAAUUUCGGAAGAAGGCCUAUAAGAAGACUACUACCUUGGACACGCCAAGCCAAAGACCCAGAAUAUGACAAUAUUGAAGAUCCAAACGAAUGGAUUGAAGAAGCUAUUUCAAAGAAACAUAUUAAAUAUUAUGAAUAUGAACAUUUUAGUAAUAUAGAAAAAAUCGGGUUUGGAGCAUUUGGAAAAGUUUAUCGUGCAAAUUGGAGAAAUAAAGAACAAUAUUUAGCAUUAAAAUCUUUUUUUAAUCAUGACAAGGCUACUACCAAAGAAAUUGUUGAAGAGUUAAAACUUUAACGUGAAGUCGAUUUUCAUGAUAAUGUUAUUCGUUUCUUUGGAGUUACGUCAGAGAAUAAUCAAAAUAAUUCAUCGAAAAAUUAUUCAUUGGUAAUGGAGUAUGCAGAUGGUGGAACCCUCAGACAAUAUUUAAAAAAAAAUUUCGAUAAACUUAGUUGGGAUAAUAAACUCAUUAUCGCUUAUCAACUGGCUUGUGCAGUUUCAUGUUUACAUGACGAAGGGAUUAUGCAUAGUGAUUUGCACUCCAAUAAUAUAUUAAUUCAUCAAAAUAUUG